AUGUCCACCGAAGAAGGUACUCAUACUCUGCCCGAUGGGCUAAAAGCCUACUCCAAGGCUUGGAAGACAACCGAAUCACCUCGCGCAAUCUUAGUCUUUAUUCAUGGUUUCAGCGAUCACUGUAACACCCACUAUGACCUAUUUCCAACCCUUGCUGCAUCUGGAAUCGAGGUCAGAGCCUUUGAUCAACGAGGCUGGGGCCGCACAUUCAACGGCCUCAAAGACCGCGGUAACAGUGGCAGCACAACAGUCGUCCUCGCCGACAUGCACUCAUUCAUUGCCAGUGUAGCCACACAAGCUCAAGCCCAGAGCAUACCCCUCUUCCUAGCAGGCCACAGUAUGGGCGGCGGCCAAGUACUGAAUUAUGUUCUGCACCCAGACUCGCCAUACCGCCAAGCAGGCUCUCAGCCCAAGCUCGCCGGUUUGCUCGUACUUUCGCCGCUCAUCGCACUGGAUCCAGCAUCGCGCCCUUGGGGCUUCAUAGUCUCGGCCGGCCGAGUCGUUGCGAAGCUUCUGCCUCGGAUGCAGCGCCACUCCCCCUUGACCCAGAAAUCGGUGAUAGCUGAUUUCCAGGCCGAUGAUCUGUGCCACGAGACUGGAACUUUUGGCGGUUUGGCUGGCAUGCUGGAUCGUGGAUUGUGGCUGGAGAAUUUGUCGAAGAAUCAGCUUGAGGGCGUUGAUAUUCUGCCUAUGUGGCUCGCUCAUGGCGACCAGGAUCGCAUUACGAGCCAUCCGGCUACGAAGCGCUUGGCUGAGUUGCUGGCCGAGAAGGGAGAUGUCGUUUUCACUUCUUACGAGGGUGCUUAUCAUAAAUUGCAGGCCGAGUUGCCUGAUACUAGGGCACAGUUCUGCCGCGAUGUCUCGAAUUGGAUUCUCGGUAAAUCCGGGGAGAACCAGUCUAAGCUGUGA